AUGACGACGUCGUCUAGUUCGAAUUCCAAACCCGCCGCAUCCGCAUGGGCUUCUCUUCCGUGGAAGACCCGCCUGUCGAUAUCGGUUCUGUCAAAACUAACGGACCAUGCUCGCCGCGCCGACGGCACCAUCAACCGCCGUCUCCUCAGCUUCAUCGACUUCAAGUCCUCAGCCAAACCUACUGCUCCAGUCAAAGGCGUCACCACCUCUGACGUCACUGUGGACCCCACUCGCCAGCUCUGGUUCCGUCUCUUCGUCCCCGAUACGACGUCGUCUCCCUCCUCCUCCUCCUUCCUGCCCGUCGUCGUUUUCUUCCACGGCGGUGGCUUCAGCUACCUCAGCCCGGCCUCAUUCGCGUACGACACCGUUGCCCGGAAAUUCGCCCGCAAAAUCCCCGCCGUCGUCGUCUCCAUCAACUACCGCCUCUGCCCCGAGCACCGCUACCCUUCCCAAUAUGACGAUGGAUUCGACGUCCUCACCUUCCUCGACCAAAACGACGACGUACUCCCCAAAAAUGCAGACAGAUCCCGGUGCUUCUUAGCCGGGGACAGCGCCGGAGCCAACAUGGCCCACCACGUGGCGGUUCGGGCCGCUCGCGAGAAGGACAGGUUUCGGGUAGUGAAACCGGUUGGGUUGAUCUCGAUACAACCAUUUUUCGGAGGAGAGGGCCGGGUCGAGUCCGAGAUCCGACUCCACGGAGCACCUCUGGUGUCGAUAACCCGAACCGACUGGAUUUGGAAGGCGUUUUUGCCGGACGGGUCGGAUCGGGACCACGAAGCUGCGAACGUGACUGGGCCCAACGCGGUGGACAUAUCGGGUCUGGAUUAUCCGAGCACGCUUGUGUUCGUCGGGGGAUUCGACCCGCUGCUGGACUGGCAGAAGAGGUACUAUCAGUGGUUGAAGAAAUCCGGGAAAGAGGCUAAGCUAAUCGAGUAUCCAAACAGUAUCCAUGCCUUCUAUGUGUUUCCGGAAUUGCCAGAAUCCAACCAGCUCCUUUCCCAAGUCAAAGAUUUUGUUGCUUCUGUGUGA